AUGGAAAACAUCACUGACUUUCACUUUAACCUCUCUGUGUAUGUUAACAUAGGGUUUUACCGUUAUCCAGCCUUUGCACUGGGCUCCCUGCUGUUUGCCAUUAUUGUCUGUGCUAAUCUUCUUAUAACACUGGUCAUUUCACGAGAACGGACACUUCAUGAGCCCAUGUAUGUGUUUGUUGCCUUUCUGUCUGUUAACUCUCUGUAUGGAUCUGCUGGUUUCUUUCCCAGAUUCCUUAUGGACCUUCUGUCUGAUACUCACUUGAUCUCACGUCCUGCUUGUUUUACUCAGAUGUAUAUCAUUUACACAUAUGCUUCCUAUGAAAUGACCAUUCUCAGCAUUAUGGCAUAUGAUAGAUAUGUUGCCGUUUGUGAUCCUUUACAUUAUCACAGCAAGAUGACCCCUAAAACAGUCUCUGUGUUGGCAGCCUUUGCUUGGAUUUGUCCAACCAUAUCUGUUCUGCUAUGUCUGUAUUUGACCGUCAGGCUUUCCUUAUGUGGUAGCAAGGUCCAAAAAUUAUACUGUGCUAACUGGAAUGUUGUUAAACUGUCAUGUGAGACCACUUUUAUUAAUAAUGUUGUCGGCUUUCUUGUAACUAUAAUUACUAUAUUCUUUCCUUUACUCUAUGUGUUGUACACCUACUUUAGAAUUAUUCUUGUGUGCAGGAGGAGCUCAUCUGACUUUAAGAGAAAAGUUUUCCAAAGUUGUUUCCCACAUACUAUUUUAUUUGUGAAUUAUUCUGUUCAUGUUUUUUGUGAUAUUGCCCUAAGUCGUCUAGACAUAGAAAAUUUAAACCCACUUUUUGCUCUAAUUUUAUCACUGGAGUAUGUAAUGAUUCCACCGAUACUGAACCCUCUCAUCUAUGGCCUGAAGCUACAAGAGAUUAGAAAAAACAUUUUUAAAUUGUUCUGUAAAGUCUCACUAAAAAUCCCCUAAACAGGCUGGAAUUAAUAUAUUCAUCUGGUGUGUCUGUUAACUGUUUUCAAUUUUAUGGAGACAUAAAAGCAAAGCUUUGGAAAAUUAGAGAUAUUCACUGUUUAUUUAUCACAUA